UUACAGCAAUUGAGUUAUUGUCAUGUCAUAAUUACCACAGUAACGCAGGAUACAUUCCGUACGCGUGUCUAUAUUUUUACGGAGCAGGUGAUUUCUCCUUGUUAAACGGUUCGAUGAUCUCUGUUUAUGUUUUAACUGGCUAGUUUCAUCAUUUGCAUUUCAAAUCAUUGCCAUACAAAUACAAAAUUCGUUUUCAUUUUACUUUCAAAUAAAAAUGUCUGGUAUGUUACAAUUUUUAAUCUUCUUUGCCCUUUUGUGGAGUUUGGCAUGGUCGUCUUCCUUCAGCUGCUCUGUUUCGUCAUGUCAAAAUGGUGGUUUAUGUACUAGUGUAGGAAGUUGCACCUGUGCUUCUGGUUACAUUGGUGAUGACUGCGGCAAUGAUCUUGACGAAUGUGCCACCUCAAAUGGAGGAUGUGAGGACUUUUGUUCUAACACUGUGGGCUCCUUCACGUGCAGCUGUACUGCUCCAGGAUAUGAAGUUUCCGCUUUGAACUUCAGAUCAUGUGUCGAUACGGAUGAGUGUGAUGUGGGAUCUGACACGUGUGACGAUGUGUCCACCACCUGUUCAAAUACACCAGGCUCUUUCACCUGUUCCUGCAGAAGUGGAUUUGACCCCAACACAACAGACGCAUGCACGGAUGUGGACGAAUGUGCUUUGAAUACGAAUUCGUGUGACGAUAUUUGUACUAAUACGCCAGGAUCAUAUACGUGUUCAUGCUCUGAUCCUGGAGAGAUUCUGCUGAUCGAUGGUUUCUCUUGUUCCGGCACAUGUAGCGUCGAUUCAGAAUGCAACGGACCAACUAAUGGGGUGUGUGAUACUUCUGGAUCUAAUACAUGUAAUUGCAAUGCAGGCUACCAGCUAGCCGACUGUUCGCAAGAUACAAACGAAUGCGCCACGAACAAUGGCAAUUGUCAACAGACAUGUACCAACUCGGUCGGAAGUUUUAACUGUGGAUGUACUACAGGCUAUGAGACUGAUCCAAGCGAUUCGUUUCAGUGUAAUGAUAUUGACGAGUGUUUGAAUGGAGCUGCUUCGUGUAGCGUGGACACUGACUGUGUCAACUCCAUGGGAUCUUUCUCGUGUGAUUGCGGACCAGGAUAUGAACAGGACCCCUUGGAUGCUUCUUCCUGCAUAGAUACAGACGAAUGUACAAAUGGAGUGGGAUGUCCAACAGGCACAUGUACAAAUACAAUCGGCUCAUUCACGUGUAAUUGCCAUGAUGGUUACGAACAAGAUGCGACCAAUUCAGCCCUAUGUACAGACAUCAACGAGUGUGAGGAGGGAACGGACACGUGUUCUGGGCUGGCCACCUGUUCAAAUGUACCUGGCUCAUUCGUGUGCACAUGUCCUGCUGGAUAUGAAGUCAGUCCAUCAAACCCAUCUGUGUGUCGUGACUUAGACGAGUGUAACACUAAUCCUUGUGACCAAGUGUGCAUCAAUGCAGUGAGUGGAUAUUCGUGCAGUUGCAACCCAGGAUACCUUCUAGUCUCUUCGACUACUUGCGCACUCAUAACCACAGCGAACCCAAGCGGUGAACCAGUGCCAGUUCGUGGGAUGAAACAUGCGGGAGCAGCAUCAGUUAUGUCGAGUGGCGCCACAGUAUUGAUGCUCGCAACAACUUAUUUCAAAAUAACUUUUCAGAGCAGUUUCAAUGCAUAACAUCGGAAGCUCCUGAAGUGUUGUGUUCCUUCAUUUGAUCCCUUGCCAAAUAAAUAUCGAUAUUUAAUUAAAAUAUA